GUCAUGCGUGUUGGAUUUCUAUUUAAAAAAAAUCCUGGGACUUGUGCUUUCCCUGGAAGUCGACCUCUCCUGGAUGUGGGCGGUUACUGGUUCUUAAAUGCGCUCAGGACCUGUUGCACUCCAGUCGCCGAGAAUACGGAGCGAACCGACGGUCUCAGUGCGCGCACAUGGAGUUCAGAGAGUUUGCAGAGGACGCGUGUGUGGGAGACACGGAGGACCUGAACAGCGUUAAGGCGCUGACAGAGAAGCUGAAGUUAGAAACUCGCAGACCGUCCUAUCAGGAGUGGCAGGAGCGCGUCCAGAGCCGACCGUGGAAGGACAAUCCGGAGCUCGGCGCGCCAACCGCGCUCAGGAACGACGCCUCGGAUCUUAUCGUGAGCAACAUCUGCGGCUUCGACACCAUUGAUGAUGCGCUGGAGUUCCUGAGGAAAGAGCUGAGGGAGAUGCAGAUUCAGGACAACCUGUUGGCCCGACAGCUGAUCCGCCUGCGGUCUGAGAUCCACCGCCUGAAGGUGGAACAGGUGUGCCACCGCCAUAAGGAGAUGCUGGACAACGCAACGUAUGAGCUGGAGGAGUGCGGCGAGGAGUCGGAUCUACUCUGUGACAUCCCCAUGAAGGCUGCCUUCGCUCUGUCCACACCGCUCAAACAUCUGGGCCUCACCAAGAUGAACAUCAACUCCAGACGGUUCUCUCUGUGUUAAAACGUGAUGCACCGAGGAGAUUGGCGCCCCUACAGGCGACACAAACUGAACGCCUUGAUGACCCUGGGUGUGCAGUGGUGCACUCCUGUGUGACCUUUACUGCUGAACCCAACCUGACUUCAUCGAGCAUCGUGUUCCCAUGAAAGGUCAAAGUAAAGAUGCGCAUUAUGUCACUGUUGUCAAACCAGUACAACUUGAUAUUUAACAAAGAACCACAAAAUGCAUUGUCUUCCUAAACGUGGCCACACAGAUACAAGAACACUUCUGUAUCCAAAAUCAUUUGGACACAAGGGGUGGGGCUUCACUGUGUGUGACAGCCUCUGACACAUGAAGGUCGCUCAGAACGGUCAGGACAUUUCGGAGAAAAAAGUGUUGACAAAGCAGCAGGCGUUGUCGUUAUUAUCAUUGCAGAUGACAGCCCACUGUUAACGAA